CCGACCUGACGUCACGGAGUACGGACACACAGUCGCGUGUCCUCGUGGAUUACGGACGAGCCUUGUGGUGUGGGUUCGCGUCCUCCGUUAUCCGCGACAUAGCGCGCACCAGCGCGCACUUCCCCCUCGUACGCUUCUUGCUGCGUUCGUUACGUUUUCCCGCACGCGAAUGCAUCGUCACUGUGAGUGACCCCCGAGAGCGAGGCGCCCGGAGCGCGUACCAGCUUUCGCCACGCGUCCCAGAAUUACGUCGUGACGCGCGCUGACGACACGUCAAAAAUGGCAGAUUCUGCGCCCAGCAAGGCCGACAUCGAGGAGAUCUUCAAGAGGCUGCGGGCCUUCCCGACGAACAAGUCAUGUUUCGAUUGCAACGCAAAGAAUCCGGCGUGGGCCAGCGUAACGUACGGCGUCUUCUUGUGCAUCGACUGCUCGGCGGUGCACCGCAGUCUGGGAGUGCAUCUCACCUUCGUCAGGUCCACCCAACUUGACACAAACUGGACAUGGCUGCAGCUAAGGAACAUGCAGCUGGGCGGUAAUGCCAAUGCUAGAAAAUUCUUCGUGCAACACAACUGCACCUCGACCGAUGCCCAGCAGAAGUACAACUCGCGCGCGGCUAUGCUGUACAGGGAGAAAUUGGGCCAGGCCGCUGCGCAAGCGAUGCGUCGUUACGGCACAAAGCUGCAUUUAGAGGAAAGCACAGAAACGGAAGAAAUGAACGAGCCGGAUUUUUUCAAGCAGCACGAGAAUUUAGAUUCGCUUCAGAAUGAAAUGAUAAUUCCGACGGAAGAGAAGGCAUUCCUCACAUCUAAUACAGUGCCAAGCAAUGACAGCACAGAGAAGAGUGCACCGGAGGUCGCUUCCAAUUCCAUGGGACCUUCAGUAAAGCUUUUCGAUUCUACCUCAAACAAUCUGCAGUCUGAAAGGAAACCUACCAUAGGCGGCAGAACAGCUCAAUCUAAACGUCCUGGUGGACUAGGAAAAAAAACCGGAAGCUUGGGUGCUCAAAGAGUUAAAACCAAUUUCGACGAACUGGAGAAAAGUGUCGCAGAGGCGCACAAGUUGGCACAAGAAAAGAAUAAAGAAAUAUCGAAGGAGGAGCAGGAGGAGCUCGCCACUCGUCUAGCCCAGCGAUACGAACAAAAUUUGAGUCAGCAAGCGAAGAAAAUGGAGGAAAGAACGAAGCAUCUGGAUCCGAUGAAGGCCACGCAGGCGGAACGUCUUGGAAUGGGAUUUAAUGCACGAAGUGGUGCGACUCAUUCUGCACUUGGCGACAUGAAGACAAUAACGCAGGAAUCGAAAGGGGUCAUAACGUCAGCGGAGGUGAUCUCGGGAGAAACGGACUCUUUCUUUACCUUAGACGAAUUUUAUUCGGUUUACGCUAACAGCAAGCCGUCCUCGCGCAGCGAGGAAAUUGUGGUCGUGGCAGAACCGGAACCGCCGAAACGAUUGGGUCCCUCCACUCGAAGCGUAUUUACCAAGAGCGACGCGAGAGCGUCCUCGUCCACCGUCGAAGGAGAGGCUCAGAAGAAGUUCGGUAGCGCAAAGGCUAUCAGUUCGGAGCAAUACUUUCAAGACAGCUCUUCCGACAAUGCGUGGGAACGUAAGAAUAAUUUACGCCGUUUCGAGGGCUCGUCCAGCAUCUCGUCGGCCGAUUACUUCGGCACCGAAAACUCACCAACCUCGCCCACAUCCUCGCUAUCCAUGCGCCUGACUGCCGGACGGGCCGGUGUCGUAGACCUCGACGACGUGCGAGAGAGCGUGCGUCAGGGUGUAAACAAGGUUGCUGGUAGGCUCAGUUCGCUCGCGAACGCGGCGGUAUCUUCUAUACAGGAUCGUUACGGACUCUAAUUAAAAUCUAUCGCAUCUCACGAGAACUGUUACAAAUACUUAUUCGGACCCGCUCUCGUCCAUUGUUCAGAAAUUGUAAAUAAAAGCUUCUAAUUGAGCUUCCGCGUAACUUAUUCUUCGGAUGUGUUGCGCACGGAUAUAUAUACCUACGUAUAUAUAUAUUCGUACUGUUGUGAACGAUGAACCGGUGAACGGAGUGCAAUGUAAAAGUUACGCAGAGUCGAGAGUGAAAAUAUAAAUACAAUGUAUUUUA